AUAUUCACCAAAACGAAAAGCCGUGAGACAUUGACUGGUCUCUUGUGUGUUUUUUCCUUCUCCAAAAGGAAAAAAUGGGCUCUCAAGUCUCAUGGUGGAUUUUUUCGGUGAUAAGUCUUGUGUUGUUUCUCAACGUGGAGUUAAGCAUUGUAGAAGGAGGAACCAAUGAAGAGACUAAGGUCUAUAUUGUGUACAUGGGAGAAAGAAAGCAUGAUGAUCCGGAGCUGGUAACAGCCUCACAUCUCGACAUGUUGGAAUCCCUACUUGGAAGCAAAAAAGCUGCGAGUGAGGCCAUGACUCACACUUAUCGGCAUGGUUUCUCCGGUUUUGCGGCCCAUCUUACGGAUUCUCAAGUUAAAAAAAUCUCUGAGCAUCCGGAUGUCGUUUCUGUGACACCCAAUGGUCACUACGAGCCGCAAACAACAAGAAUGUUUGAUUACUUGGGGCUUUCUCAAAGCAUACCAAAAGGACUUUUCCAUGAUGCCAAGAUGGGUGAGGAUGUCAUCAUCGGUGUCUUCGACUCAGGCGUGUGGCCAGAGUCGCCGAUGUUUAGUGACAAAGGUUUAGGGCCGAUCCCGAGUCGGUGGAAAGGGCACUGUGAGGAUGGUCAGGAAUUCGAAGCAAAGAAGCAUUGCAACAAGAAGCUCAUAGGAGCAAGGACUUACAAACCGCAAGUCAAAAUAUCGGACAGCGAGUACAUGUCUCCGAGGAGUAAGGACGGUCACGGGAUCCACGUGGCCUCCAUAGCGGUGGGCAAUUUCGUCCCUAAUGUGAGUGACAGCGGGUUCGGAGUGGGCACGGUGAGAGGUGCGGCACCUAAGGCACGUCUCGCGAUCUACAAAGUGUGUUGGAUAAAAGAGGAUGGGUCAUGCGCUUUCACGGACAUACUAAAGGCCAUGGACGAUGCCAUAGCGGACGGGGUGGACGUGAUGACGCUCUCAAUAGGAAGACCGAUCCCUGUAUUUAAUGAAGUCGACGAAGGUAACAUCAUAGGGUAUGGAGCGUUCCACGCCAUCUCAAAGGGCAUUACAGUGGUCGCUUGCGCAGGAAACACCGGGCCUGAGGGUUACUCGGUCUUGAACAUAGCUCCAUGGAUCAUAACAGUUGGUGCCACCACUAUUGACCGUUGGUAUCCCACACCUUUGACACUUGGCAACAAUGAGACCUUAAUGGGACGAAUCCCAUCUAGGGAUAAGGAGGUUCAAGCAGGUCUCAUGUACGCAAUGUUUGCACGAGAUAUAACGAAAGAAUCAGCAAUGGGAAAAGUGGUACUAGCUUUUAUAGUUAAAAAUGGAGAUGCGAAAAAUGAUUAUUUGACCAGUGCUACUCACGCUCAAGCGCGGGGUGUAAUCUUUGCCUCCAGAAGAAAUGAUGUUAUCACAUUUUCGGAAGCUCUGAUAAUACUCGAAAUAGACUAUGAACAGGGGACUACAAUGUUGAAGUACAUACAGUCCACCAGUUCGCCGACCAUAAAAGUAGGCCGUUCAGUCAGAGUCACUGGACCAGUUAUAGCUACUAAGGUUGCUGAGUUCUCAGGCAGAGGACCCAAUUCCGUAUCUCCGUCCGUUCUCAAGCCCGAUGUGGUAGCGCCAGGUGUUGCCAUACUAGCAGCUUCUAACCCAAAUAUAAUGGGCCACGAGGACGGAUACUUUACUGAGACGGGAACUUCAAUGGCAACACCUGCCGUAGCCGGGGUGGUUGCGCUACUCAAAGCUGUGCAUCCUGACUGGUCUCCUGCCGCCAUUAGAUCUGCUCUCAUCACUACAGCUUCCACAACGGAUCCCUAUGGAGAACCUAUCUUCGCGGACGGAUUAUCACAGAGACAGGCUAACCCUUUUGAUUACGGGGGUGGAUUGGUGAGCCCGAACAAAGCAGCAGACCCUGGUCUUGUCUACGAUGCAGACGCAGAAGACUACAGGCGUUUCCUGUGUGCUUCUGAUUACAACGAGGGAAUAAUCGCAAAACUAUCUCAGACAACGUAUAAAUGUCCGACUACAAAGCCCUCUGUAUUCGAACUCAACUUGCCUUCCAUCACCAUUCCAUUCCUCAAGGAAGACGUGACUCUCACAAGAACCGUCACCAACGUUGGACCUGUCGACUCCCUCUACAAACUCGUCGUUGAGCCUCCUUUGGGUAUCAAAAUCUCCGUCACACCCAACACAUUGCAAUUCAACUCCAGUGUGAAGAAACUCAGCUACAAGGUCACCGUCUCCACAACUCACAAAGCCAAUUCCAUUUACUACUUUGGUAGAUUGACUUGGACUGAUGGCUCUCACAACGUCACUAUCCCAUUAUCGAUCAGGACAGAGAUUCUGAAGAAUUUCAACUUUUGAGUUUGUAUUGCUUCCAAUAUUAUCAUAUCUGUCUUCUAAACUCAAAACGUUGUGUAAAAUAUAUACUACUUUUGCGUAAAAAGCAUAUAUAUAACAACACAAUU